GGCCACGCGCGGGCAGGCGGAGUCGCUUCAUUUAGUCAAGCGGGUUGGUUGCGGGAAGAAGCUUCGCGCUCCUUGGACUCCGCAGGUUCGGGUUGACGUGUCCAUCAUGCCUUGUACCAGAUCUCAGUCUGAAAGCCAGAGCACCAUCAAAUUCCCAAAGCGGAAAUCGAUUAGGAGAUGUCACAAACCUCUAGAGAAUGAGGAGGCUUCAAAACUGGACACAAGCCCACUGUCAGUUUCACCCCAGAAGCAGGUCUUGCCUCUCAGCCCCCGUAAACGGCUUGGAGAUGACAAUCUCUGCAAUGUCACCCAGUUGCUGCCUUGCUCCCCAAGUAAGCAGGGUAAAAAAGAGAAUAGCUUUCCACCCACUUCUCCCAAGGGCCGGGCUUUACUCUUCAGCGAGCGUUCAACCCCCAAAUCUCCAACUAAGGGCAGCAAUUUGGUUCCCUCUCCCUUUCGUGGUGGUCAAGAAACCCCUAACGCUUCACCGCAGCAUCGCCACCCAAGGAAAGAACUGGUGUGUACUCGUCUCUUUAAGCAAGAAGGCACUUGUUACCAGCAGGCAAAGAGUCUCCUACACACGGCUGUUCCGGACCAGCUGCAUGCAAGGGAGAAAGAGACAGGUGUUCUUCAUAGAUUCCUGAGAGAGCAUGUCUCUAGGGAGAUCCCAGGAAGUCUUUAUAUCUCUGGAGCUCCAGGCACUGGGAAAACUGCCUGCCUCAACAGGGCCCUGAUGGACUUAAAGAUGGAGCUCGCUGGGUGUCAGACCAUAGUCCUGAACUGCAUGGCUCUGAGAAGCUCCCAGGCUGUGUUCCCAGCAAUGGCUGUACAAUUGGGCCAGGCUGGAGCAGACAAAGCAGCCAGGGGUGACGUGAUCAGAAGGCUGGUGAAACGGUUGACAUCAGAAAGUGCACCCAUGGUUUUGGUUGUGUUAGAUGAGAUGGAUCAGCUGGACAGCAAAGGGCAGGAUGUGCUGUACACGAUGUUUGAGUGGCCUUCCCUCCCCAACUCCCGGCUCAUUCUCAUCGGGAUAGCCAAUGCUCUGGACCUCACAGAUCGCAUCCUGCCCCGCCUGCAAGCCCGUCCCAAGUGCAGGCCACAGCUGCUAAACUUUCCCCCGUACAACAAAGACCAGCUUGCCUCCAUCCUCCAGGAACGCCUUAAGCAGGUGUCAGGGGAGCAGGUGCUGGACCACGCCGCCAUCCAGUUCUGUGCUCGGAAAGUCUCUGCUGUCUCUGGGGAUGCGCGCAAAGCUCUGGACAUCUGCAGGAGGGCCAUUGAAAUUGUGGAGUCAGAUGUGAAGAGUCAAACUGUGCUUAAACUGCUGCCUGCCUGCAAAUCCUCUUCUAAGCCAGCCACAGACUCAGCAGUACCCCAGCGGGUGGGACUGGCCCACGUAUCCCGGGUGAUCUCUGAUGUGUACGGUGACCGUUUGGCCUCAGGUGCAGGCCGUGACGAGGCCAAUACCUUUCCCUUGCAGCAGAAAAUCUUGGUCUGUUCUUUGCUGCUCUUAACCAGGCAACAGAAAACCAAAGAGGUGACGCUGGGAAAGCUGCAUGAGGCCUACAGCAAGGUUUGCCGCAAGCAGAAAGUAGGAGCUGUUGGCCAAUCAGAAUGCCUGUCGCUUUCGGCUCUCCUGGAAUCCAGAGGCAUUGUGGGCUUGAAGAAGACUAAAGAAGCGCGCCUGACUAAGGUCUUCCUGAAGAUAGAAGAGAAGGACGUGGAACAUGCCCUCAAGGAUGGAGUUUUGGUUGGAAGCAUCUUGGCCGAGGGGAUUUAAGAGUUCUUGCUCUCACCUCCUUUCUUGCACAGAAUGUUCCUAACUAAUGGACCGUAACUUCUUGCCGGAAACAUUUCAUGAGGCAUAUCAGUGGGUGGACGAUUAUAGUUAUCCCUACUCCUCCCCCUACCCCUGCUGGCCCCAGCAGCAUCAGUCUUAUAAAGAUGCCCUGUCUAUUUUUCCAAUGGGUGAUUUUUAAACUGCAAGGUAUCCUAAGCAAUGGGUGGAAUGGAGCUGACUCAGUUAAUUUUUAGGAGCUGGACUUCCAUCCUUCGCCUAGGUAUCUCCCCUUUCCUACACUUCCCGUUUGCUUUUUAUGAAUCCCGGAGUGAGAAACACACGCCAACGGUGUUAACGUCUCUCCCCCCCCCCCCCCGCCCUCCACCUGCACACAUACUGGGGCUGCUUGUGUCACUCCUGGGGCGUCUGCCUGUCUUAAGCACCCAAGAUGAAAGAGGAUGAAGGCUGUCAGCAAGAGAGCCCAUUUGCCAGAAACAAAAACCAUUAACGUCACAGGAGGAAAUAAGGAGGCAGCAGCUUCUCUCGCAGGCUCCUUUGAAGUCAAGGCUGUUUCCGCGAAGCAGAUGUCAGUCAUGCUGAGGCUUAGCAUCUCAGGAGCUGCAGUGGGGCUUAGCGAGAGAGAGAGAGGCACACAAACCUGAAGUCUCCAAGCGUCUUAACGUUUAUGAACUGUAGAUGCAGCCUUGGAGCUGGAACUGGUUGCGGCCUGGGGCAAAGAGCUGGUCUGUUUCGUUUCUGAGCCACUUCUGCGAACUGCCGGCUGCUUAGUCUGAUGCCUUUGUGUGGAACUCAAAAUUCUUAUAGUUACCAUGAAAUGCUGCCUUGGGUUUCCACACUGCGCCCCUCCCUCUUUGAGUGGCUUGCAGCCCUGGUGAGGGAAAUUUCAGAACGUCUCUUUCCCACCCCACCCCAUGAGUUUAUAGUAUUUGAGAUGUACUGAAAUGCGUAUUUACAGCCAGAUGUUUGUGUUGUUUUUUUUAAAAAAAACCACAGAUGGAGUAUAUUCGCAUUGCUUUUUAAAAAUUUUUAUAGAUUAAAACAGUCCUGAUUAUGGUU